AUGCAGCAGUCAAUUGUCAUUAAGGCUCGUGUAAACGAUGUCGAAUCUACCGAAAAUGCAAUUUUCGACUUAACAGAUUCCCUGGGAACUUACUUUGUACAAGAAGAUGUUUACUUCAAUGUUCCUAAAGGAUAUCUAAAGCUACGUAUCAUGCAUCCAAACAGAUGUGGUCACUUGAUCUUCAACAGCAACUCUAAGAUGUCUGGACACAAGAUGAGCAAAUCACAAAUCACUGAAGUUGAAGAUGUGACUCAAAUUCGAAUGACCUUAGCUGCUGCCCUAAGUGAAUUGGGAACAAUUCGUAAGAAGAGACGCAUAUUCACCGUCGAUAACUUAAGAAUAUAUUUGGACGAAGUAGAUGAGAUGGGUACCUUCAUUGAUGUCUCGCUAACCAUGAACACAUCAGACGAAGAAGUUAUAAUUAAGAAAGUUGCUGAUAUUCGUCAAAAACUUCAAAUUCAAGAAUCAGAUAUUGUACCAGUAGCAUAUUUGGAUUUGAUGAUGCAAAAACUUUCAUUUGAUGAAGAUACAUCAAGUGAUUCCAAAUAUGGAUCUUCAGAUAAUGACAGCGAUUCAUCAUCAUAA